AUGGCCGAGAUCUUUGGCAUAAUUUCCGGCGCCGUCGGCAUCGCGGCGGCCUUUACCGCCUGUGUCGACUGCUUCAAGUACGUCCAGCUCGGUCGGAACCUGGCGCGAGAUUACCAGACCGACCAGCUCUCGCUGACCUGCGCCUGGCUCCGUCUGGCGAGACCCGACGCGACCCCGGCCGAGCUCCGGGCGCUAAAGGAUUGCCUGUUCCAAAUUCUCGCCUUGUUUGAGGAAUCGCGGAGGAUUUCUAGCAAGUACAGGUCGCGUUCUGAGGCUGCAGGGGAAGCUUCGGCGGCGUUGUGCGAGAAGGGAGACUCGAGAGUGGCAUCACUCGUGGAAAGGAUCAAGGCGCUGGCAAUCGGGAGGCAGAGGGGAAACAGUGUCUUGCGGAAGACAGGAUGGGCUCUUUACCACAGAUCACAACUCAAAGAACUCGUUUCAAACAUCACGACGAUUAUUGACAACAUGGAAAAGCUGUUCCCCGCGCCGGAAACCCAGCUGGCGCUCGUCAAACAAGAGAUUGAGCAGAUCCGGGAUAGAUGGGCGCUGGAGCUCGUCGAAACGGCUACGCAGGGAUACUUGAACGUGGAGGUCGAGGGCGAAGCUCAGCUCGGCGACUAUUUUGCGAACGACUGGAAGGGCGAGGCGGUGGGAGCGGAGCUUAGUUUCUACGGGUGCAGGUGA